GUGACGGAUCGCCAUUUUAUAUCAACAUAGGCCGAAACGAACUGUUGGUGAAUCUAGCAGUUGCCCGUAGUCAGCUAAACGGCUGUUUGAAGUGACUAAGUAUCGGGUGUUGAAGAUUUGAUGGCUGCUGUGUGUUCAAAUGCCAUUCCUUCCUAGCAAGAAAAGAGGUUGUUUAUCAGGACAACAUUAAAGUGAUUGAGCUGUGUAAAUAUUAGCAUGAUUACAAGGUUUUGUAGCUUUCAGUUUAUUCUAACAACAUUUAUUUGAGAACAGAAAAGUGUGUAGUGUAUUCAAGGCUCAAGCUGAAUCAUUUAAGAGUCUUCACCUUUCAGCAUUGUCCAUUGGCAAUUCCCACAGAAAACUAAAAGGAAAACAUUAGUCAGCCAGUUCAGGUGUGGCUAACUGUGACAUUCAGAAUAAGCAAAUAAUGGCUGACGAAGCAGGUGUAUUCCUUCCAGCUGAGAUGUGCUAUGGAGGAGUUGAUCUACACAAAGAUCUUGCAGAAUGUAUGAAGAAUCCAGGUCACGAAGGUUUUAUACCUCAUAAAGAUUUCAACAAAAUGUGUCUUCCCUCAAGUUACCAUGACGACGACCUGAUCAAAUUACCUGAUAGGCCUACAGAUCUGGCUUGCUGUGAAAGUCAAAAUAAGAAUAAAAUCAAUGACCAACCAGGUGUGUUUUGUCCAGGAAAUCAUGAAGCUGAGAUGUGCUAUGGAGGAGAAGCUGAUCUACACAAACAUGUUGCUGGCUGUAAGAAGAAUCCAGGUCACAAAGGUUUUAUACCUCUUAAAGAUUUCAACGCAAGUUGUCUCCCCUCACGUUACCAUGACGACGACCUCUUGUCUGAGACAAUCAAAACAUUGGCAGCCCUAACUGUCCAGGUAAAGACUAAAUUCACCAGUCUAGAGAGACCAAAGUUUUACCCAGACACUCAAGUUCCAUAUCCAUGUUAUAAGGACAGAGGACGUCGCGUGAUGAGGUUAGGGACGGGGAGGGUGUGGCAAGUGGACAAGUUAACAGAGAAACACAGAAGAACUUGUCGUUGUGCCAAGUGUAAAGUGUCUGCCACACCCAGCAAAGUGUGGGGGAAGUUUCAUGUGUUGACAGCCACACACGUGGUGUUUGAUGACAGUGAGGUGAGACAGACCAAGUGUGUUUUAGGUUUUGAUGACAAUAAAAGUCCAGGGGUCAGUCUUGAUGGUUUGUGGGUGGACAGUAGGCCAGACACUGAGAGAGAUGUGUGUGAGUUUACAUGUGAGACAUGUGACUUAGAGUUGGUUGAUGAACUGGACAAGAUGUUGCGGCGCUUUAAAGGUCUAUGUGAGAAAGUAAGGGACAAAUACGGGAGAUUUUAUUAUGUGGACAAGUUGACCAUUAUAGUGUCACAUCCUCAUGGCUGUCCUAAACAAGUCUCUGUAGGACAAUGGACACACAGACAGGAGAGGGAUGGCUACAAGACCAGGUACUGGUACACAACAUGUACAUGUCCAGGCUCCAGUGGAGCGCAUGUCUACAGGCUGGGAAAUGACGGGUGGUAUCGCCAUCCCCACAGUGGAUCAAGCCCCGAAGGAAAUUAUAGUGGGGAGCAUUGGGGCUGAUGUAACUGUUAGUUCUCUCCCCUUGUCUACACAAUGUAAACAAACAAAAUGGCGGAACCUUUCCCGUCUUUGAACAGUUUGUGUUAAGACCUGCAUGUCUUAUCAACGUUUUAUUACAUUUAAAUGAUUAAAACAAAUGUUUUAAUUGAUGUAAACCGUUUAAUCGUAUUCGUUUGCAUGUACAUUGAUGGGUUUUAGAGUUUUUUUGUUUCAAGUGUUGUAAAUAUUUUUCUAAUAACUUUUGUCGGCAAUCGUUGUCCUAUACCUAUAGGCAUAGGCUGGCUAUUACCUGUAAAUUAAAUGUAACCUACCUUUAUAAAUGUCAUAUUCAUACUGUUUUUAUUUGUUUACAAAAUGUUCACACUAGACGACAUUAAAUGGUAAAAUGAAAUAUC